AGUUUGUUUUUGCUUUAUGUUCUCGUCUUAACGCAACACUUCACUGAGAAAAAUGGCGACGGCGACGGGAAAUGCGAGGGGAUUCGGAGGCGGUGAUCGGACGGCGAAAUCGGUCGUCUCCGAUCAGACAUCUCAGGCCGUGAAUUCCACUGCCAACCUUCUUCAUCUGAUGCGUCAGUCGUCUCCGUCUCAGGCAAAGUUGGCAAAGCUCCCGAAAAAUCUUUUGGCGAAAGCCUCGAUGACAAAAGCAACUGGACAAGUGCUUGAACAGCUGCCUCAAGUGAUUUCAUCCCUGGAUGGCCAUAUAGAAAGCGGGUUGCACAGUGCUGUUCAUCUAAACACCAUCACACAGUUGCUCGAAAACAUGCAAAGCACCCAGCUUCGCGCUCUUCGACAAUCUAAUCUCUUCCCUUUGUAUCAAAUCCCUCACUCUAAUCUUUUUUUUUCACUAAUUAACGAGAUUCCUAUUCCGAUUCCAAACUCCUCGGCAAUCUAAUCUUCUUCUCCUACAGGUCAAGCAAAUCUCCUGAGGCCAACAACUGAAAGAUGGGUGUUUCUUCUUGAACCAGGCAGGUACUUAUGUCCAAACCCUGAAAGAGUGAAAAACUCGUCCCGAACCCGAACCGUUUCCCGAAACGUCCACCCCUAAAUUUAGGUGUCUUUCCCUUUUUCUGUUUUUUGUUUUUAAUUUUGUAUCAGUGAUUAGAGUUGCAAACCCUUUGAAUAGUAGAAUUCACCCAACAGAAUGUAGAGAAAGAAGAUAAUCAAUGAUUUGUUCAAUGGAACUUGAGCUGUUUUUUGCA